CCAGGAGGGGGUUAAGCGGGCGCUGACAGUCAGCUGAGCCCUGACUGACAGCCCGCAAAGUUUCCCUGUCGCUAGACUCUCAUGCUAAUGAGGCCGGGCGGAGCGCGCCCAUUGGCCCGGCCCCGAGCCCGUGCCCCGCCUGACGUCACGGGCGCUAUAAAACUCCGCAAUGCUUUAAACUCUCCUGCCGGAUCAAACCUUUAAAUAUUUUUCAUCUUCUUGCUGUAGCUUUGAGGCCGAGUUGUUUUUUUUCUCUCUCUCUCUUUUUUUUUUUUUUAACUAUUAUUAUUAUUAUUUUGGUUGCGAUACAGACUUUGAUUUUUUUUUUUUGCCUUCGCUCUCUUUCCCUCCUCCCUCCCCCGAUGAACCUCUCUCCUCGCUCUGCACUUUGCACGAGAGAGCCCAGAGGAAAGGCACCAUGAAGUGUUAAAAAUAACAAAACAAAACAACAACAACAACAAAUUUACUCGCAACAACACCAGCUAACACUUCCAGCUGCGGUUCGCGAGCUGCGAAAGAGAGCGAGAGGAGAGAGAGAGAAGGGAGGGAGAGAGGAGGAAAAAAAAAAAACCCUCUAUGCAAAAGGCGAAUAGCGAGAGCCCCGCGCUCUGAUGCAUCAGCGGAGCCUCUGCGAGGGAUAACGCGGAGCGGGAGAGGAGCCGCCGGGGCGGACCGGAGCGGAGGCAGAGCAGGAGAGCGCAGCGGAGCUCGCCAAAAAUCAAGCUGGCUCACCCGGUGGCGACUCAGAGCAGCCCCCUCGCUCCCGGAGCGCACCCUUUCUGGAGGACUCUCGGCAGCAAAAGGAUGGCAUCAGAGCUGGCGAUGAGCAGCUCCGACCUGCCCACCAGUCCCCUGGCCAUGGAAUAUGUUAAUGACUUCGAUCUGAUGAAGUUUGAAGUGAAAAAGGAGCCGGUGGAGACCGAUCGCAUUAUCAGCCAGUGCGGCCGCCUGAUCGCCGGGGGAUCGCUCUCCUCCACCCCGAUGAGCACGCCCUGCAGCUCCGUGCCCCCGUCCCCCAGCUUCUCGGCGCCCAGCCCCGGCUCCGGCUCCGACCAGAAGACCCACCUGGAAGACUACUACUGGAUGACGGGGUACCCGCAGCAGCUCAACCCGGAGGCGCUGGGCUUCAGCCCCGAGGACGCGGUGGAGGCGCUGAUCAACAGCAGCCACCACCCGCUGCCCGGCGCCUUCGAUGGCUAUGCUAGAGGGCAGCAGCUGGCCGCGGCCGCCGGCGGCUCCGUGCCGGCCGAGGAGAUGGGCUCGGCGGCCGCCGUGGUGUCGGCGGUGAUCGCCGCGGCGGCGGCGCAGGGCGGCGCGCCCCACUACCACCACCACCACCACCACCCGCACCACGGCGGCGGCGGCGGCGGCGGCGGCGGCGGCGGGCACCCCCACGCCGCGGCGCCGGGCAGCGCGCCGCCCUCCUCCGCCUCCUCGGCCGCCGGCUCCGGCUCCGGCGGCGGCGGCGGCGGCGCCGGGGGGCUGCACCACCCGCACCACGGCGGCGGCGGCGGCGGCGGCGGCGGCCUCCACUUCGACGACCGCUUCUCCGACGAGCAGCUGGUGACCAUGUCGGUGCGGGAGCUGAACCGGCAGCUGCGGGGCGUCAGCAAGGAAGAGGUGAUCCGGCUGAAGCAGAAGAGGAGGACCCUCAAAAACAGGGGCUAUGCCCAGUCCUGCCGCUUCAAGAGGGUCCAGCAGCGGCACGUCCUGGAGUCGGAGAAGAACCAGCUGCUGCAGCAAGUGGAGCACCUAAAGCAGGAGAUCUCCAGGCUGGUCCGGGAGAGGGACGCCUACAAGGAAAAGUACGAGAAGCUGGUCAGCAAUGGCUUCAGAGAAAACGGAUCCAGCAGCGACAACCCUUCCUCUCCAGAGUUUUUCAUGUACCCGAGAGAAUCAUCUACAACGGUGAUGUGAAAAAUCCCUGUUACCUGAGGUCAAAAAUAAAAGUCUCUCAGAAGACCCGGAGUGGUGACGCCUGGAUGCAGAGGAGAUCACACUGCUUAUAAAUCUGCACCAUGAGGAGGCCAAAAGUUUCUGCAGCAGCAGGAGGUAAGCCAGGACUGCUGGUGAGUGUAAGGAGCAGAGAGCAGAGCCACGUGAGUUUGAGAAGAAGGCAGCAGCACCCCUGAGGAUGGCUUUGGGGCAGCGUCACGGUCCUGUACAGAAAACUUGAAGAGACACUGAAAACUUCAGGUGGGAGCACACCGCCCAACCAGCUGCUUGUGUGGUUUGGUCCAUGGACCUUUGGGGUCUGCACACCAGAGACUGAAAACUCUUGACUUACCCUAAAUUUCUUCUUUGUGGACUUCUGAUGUGAUAGGAAUGGCACAAAAAAAUCCAAUAUAUCUUCUUCGCCAUAAUGUUUCCAGCCUGCUAACUUUCCCAGGACUACUUUCUGCUCAAAUUACUGGAACUUAAUUACGUGAGGUUUAAUUUCAGUUACUUGGCCAGCUUUAAAAACAUAUAUUCAAAUUUGAACCGCAAGAACAGAAUUUUGGGAGCCUCUUUGUCCUCUCACUUUGUGUUAAUUUAAAUGAGGAAACUGUGCCUGUGAAUCUCUGCUUUACUUUACCUAUUCCAAGUGAGUCUCAGUUCUGGAGAGACUUCCCUGACUCCCAGGAGUUUAAGGGACAGCACAAGCAACCCCUUAUGUUAUAGUUUAUGUUUUUGAAACUGUGAAAACAGUAGAUAUUUGUCUCCUGCUUAUGCAUUUUCUUGUAAAUAAAAUGUAUUGAGACUAGAGAUGAGUUACACUGACUUUACACCAGAUAAUGUAUUGUCAUUUUACAAGGAAGCGUUGUAUUAUCCAUACAUUGCACAAGUAGAUCUUACAAUGUUUAAUUAUAACAAGAAAAAGAAGUGGAAGGAAUCAAGGGAGGGACAUGGAGAGAGAAUGCAAAAGGACAUGGAUGGGAAGUGUUGGAGUUGGAGGAUAACAGCACCUAUCAAGGCAUUAUCUGAGAAUUUGUGUGAUUAGGACUUAUCUUUCUGGCUUCAUUAUUUCAUUAUGAUCUGCUGUUUAACUGAUAAGUAAUAAAUGGCCUCCAAAUUUUAUUGCAUAUGCUCACUUUCUUUAGAUUUUAUGUUGUUUUUUUCCCCUCCUAAGAUCUUAUUUCUGUGAAGGAAUGAAGAUUUUAUGGUUUUGCUGGGGCUGACUUGUUCCUCUGAUAUUUCAGUGUUGUUAUUUAACUAGCAGGUCCCACAGCAAUUCCUUGGAUAACACUUCCGUCUAUCACAUUGGGAUGAUCAAGGAUACAUGGCAGCUGAUGUUCAAACUCUGAUGUGCAUCUGGGGUUGAGCACCCGCUUCCAACUCAGCAGAUACAAAACCCUUCAAAAAGCCAGCAAAAGAUGGCUUUUUUUAAACACUGCAACCCGCUAGUGGAUUAUCCUUAAUGGGUUGGCAGCAUGCCCCUCCCUUCCUCUGCAGGAAUGCUGGCCUGGCUCUGCAGCCCUG